GCGCGGCCCGCACCCGGAAGGGCUGAAAGGUCCGCUGACAUGGAGCCCGCUGAGUGGGUCGCUCGGUAGCCAGGCCCGGGCGGGUGCCAUGGCCCUGAUCGAGGGCGUGGGGGACGAGGUGACGGUCCUCUUCGGGCUGCUCCUCAGCCUCCUGGUGCUGGGACUUGCCUGGAUCUCCACGCACACCAGCGAGCGAGGCGACCCGCCCCUCCGGGACCCCGGGACCUCAGUUUCCCCCCGGCCCGAGGCGGCGGAGGCCCCAAACAGCGGCGGGGAGGCCCCUCCGGGAGGCGAAGACGUCCCCCUGCGGCGACGGGGUCCCGGGGCCCGGGCGGAGCCCGUCCCCGUCCCCGCGGAGCCCCCCGCCCAAAGCGCCCGGCCGGGGCCCCUGGUCCUGAGGCUGAAGUUCCUCAACGACUCGGAGCGGGUGGCCAGGGCUUGGCCCCACGACACUGUCGGCUCCUUGAAAAGGACGCAGUUUCCCGGCCAGGAGCAGCAGGUGCGCCUGAUCUACCAGGGCCAGCUGCUGGGCGACGAUGCCCAGACGCUGGGCGCCCUCCACCUUCCCCCCAACUGCGUCCUGCACUGCCACGUGCGGGCCGGCCCCCCGCGGGGGCCCUGGCCGCCGGGGCCGGAGCCGGGCCCGUCGGGGCUGGGGAUCGGCAGCCUGCUGGUGCCCCUGCUGCUGCUCAUGCUGACGCUGCUGUGGUACUGCCAGAUCCAGUACCGGCCCUGGUUCCGGCCGACCGCCACGCUGGGCCUGGCCGGCCUGACCGUGCUGGCCGGCUUCCUGGCCUUCGCCAUGUCCCGCCGCUAGUGCCUGCCCGCCGGGCCCACGGCGGCGGCGGCCCCCCCCGAGGGGCCCGGCUCCGGCUGCUGCCUCCCCCGGCCCGCCCCCCGAG